GUUAUUUGAGUCUCAAAUUUUGAGACAUGAAAUCCUGCGCUGUACCGCAAUGUAACCAUCUUACUUAUCGUUCCAGUCUCCGGUCAGGUGUUAAAGUUAAGCGUUCAAUGUUUAAAGUGCCGUCGGAUGUGCAGCGGUUUAAAAAGUGGCAAAUAGCGAUUCCCAAUAGAAUAUUGACCUCUUCGCACUUUGUCUGCAUAAAACAUUUCGAAGAACAUGAUAUUAUUCGAAAAUACAUCAGACAUGACGUAAAUGGAAGACUUAUUGCUGAGGUUAUGUACAAAAGACCUCGAUUAACGGAAUCCGCGGUCCCGACCAUAUUUGAUGAGGCAAAUGAAGAAAAAACUUUUGAAGGUUGCGAUGGUUUCGCCAUCUAUAAAACUCAUGCUGCAUCUUCAAAAACAGCGCACGAUCAUUCUUACAGUUCGAUUCAUGAAUCGGGGGUUCCCAUGACAAAUACCACAACAUUUGACAUAUCGCCGGUCACCAUCAGUGCCGGUUCGUCAAGAUCUCAACAUCCUGUGGCCUGUCUCAAGAGUCUACCAAAGCCUUGGGUUGUUGGUCAACUAUCCGCACUCUCUAAUGGUGAUCAGUGCCUGUUACUUUUGCACCCGGAAGUGGCAAAAAAACGCGGCGGUAUCGAAAUCCCCGUAACGUUUGGACGUCUUGGGACUGUGACAGUGGACAAUCAAAAAAAUUUGCGUUAUUUCGUCCACGGAAAUCUCUUUGGAAACGAUGAAGGAAAUCUUCGACAAAAAUUGUACUCCCUAGCGGAUCUUCCCGAUAUUUUAAGCGAGUUUCAACGUGUGAAGCUGUGUGGGGGCAUAGGAGAAGUGGAUAUCCAUUUUUUACCAUUGGACAAGAGCUUCAAAAAUUACGUCGACGAAUGGCAUCACAUUGAAUGCUCUUUAAUCUGCUCAAAACCAAGAUGUGAUAGUUGCAGCAAACUACGAAGAAUUGUUCUUCAAAGAGGAAGAAGAAGCAACACAACAAAUUUGGCAAUACAAGAAGAAGAUUCCAAUGAAGAAUUUGAUAUAGCUGAAACUAUUCUUCAAAAAGAAAGAAGCAACACAACAAAUUUGGAAAUAAAAGAAGAGAAUUUCAGUGAAGAAUUUGAUAUAGCUGAAACUAUUUUGCAAAAAGAAAGAAACAACACAACAAGUUUAGAAAUAAAAGAAGAGUAUUCUAGUGAAGAACUUGAUGUAGCUGAUACUAUUCUUCAAAAAGAAAAAAGAAGCAAUACAACAAAUUUAGCAAUAAAAGAAGAGGAUUUCAAUGAAGAAUAUGAUAUAGCUAUAUACCCCUAGAAUUUGCAGAACAAUGUAUAGACUAUGCGAUAAAAUAUUUGAAUCAAUGUUCUAAAACCAAUUUGGGCUAAGAUUGCUUUGAAUUUUUUUUUUUUUAGUUUUUUUUAUUAUAAUGGUUUAGUAGAAAUUAAAACACUCUCGAGAUAAAAAUUAUAUUAUUACACACACAAAAAAAUCUACAACAUUUUUGCUUCUCUCACGGUUUCAGGCAGCUUGCUACCCAAAGUUUCAGGCAAUUUAAGCGCCAAAAUUCCCGCUGUUAAAGCGGUACCACCGAAUAGAAGCAUUGGUAGUGGGGCAAAAUACGUACCCUAAAAAUAACAAAAUAAAAAACAGUACUGAUAAAUUUAAGGCGUUUUAUUCACCAGCAGGGGCACAAAGGGGGCCAACAAUGCCCCAACUCUGGCUACUGUCGAUGCGGAACCCACCCCACCACUCCUCACGAUUGUUGGUAGCAAUUCGGCUGUAUAAACAUAGACUAUACCGAAUGAGGAUGUUAUUCCUAACUUCCCGAGCAGAAAUAGUAAAAUUA